CUAAGAUACAGUCUGUGGGGAGGCAGCCCGAGUGAUGAAGGGAGGAGAUGAUGGAUGAUAUUUCACCAGCGCUAUUUGUUUGCCGUUAUGUUGGGGAUAAUAAAAACUUGAUUUCACUUAUUUUCUUUAGAUCUGGCUCGUGAAACCGCACGCUGCACUCAGUUCGUUCCAUUGCAGGUGUGCGCUGUGAUCAUCGGUUGCAAAAUUACUAUAAUAAAUGGUUUUGGAGCUGGCAGCGCCCGCAAGUGCAGGCCCUUUGCUACAGCGCUCCAUCCCGCAUAUCGAGCGUGUUUUCCGGGUUAGGGUCAGCUACUGCUCCGCUGAGUCAAACUGCGACAGUGCUAAUGGAAGCAACUCAAGCAACAGUAUCACUGUAAUUAUUCAGGACGGCAACGAGGAUGACUGCGUCAAAGCUAAAGAGUACAUAGUGUCCCUGAUUGCUCCUGCCCACCACCGUCGAGUGCGCCUGACUCUGUCCCUGCACCGGAGGCUGCAGACACUGCACUCGGCCAUCGAAUAUGAGACAGGCGCUGUGCUGACGCUCCGCGAGCAUGCCGUGGUACUGCAGGGCGGAGAGGCUCAGGUGACCGCCGCGUGGGCCAUGCUGCAGCAGCGGCCCAGGAUGGAGCCACGAGCGCCGCGCCGCGAGCUGUUGCCGACACUAUCGGCCGCUACUGCAGCCACAGAGGAGGAGGAGGAGAGGAGCAGCUCGGAGAGCGAGGCGGAGCAACAGGCCAAGGUCGGGGUUGGAACGGGCAGGAGGAGAGAGCCACUAAUGGCAACCAAGCCUCACCGGCAGCUGUGCCGGUCACCCUGCCUAGACCGGCCCAGCUUCAGCCAGAGCAGCACCCUGCAGGAGCUGAGGACCGAGGACGGCAGCCGCGCUGGCCCUGGAGCCCCAGCAGGGGGCCCAGCACGGCAGGCCAGCGAGCGUGACUACCAGUCCAAGAUGGACUUCGCGCUCAAGCUGGGCUACUCGGGCGAGCAGGUGGAGUCUGUGCUCGGCAAGCUGGGCUCCGGGGCGCUCAUCAAUGACGUGCUCGCCGAACUGGUCAGACUGGGCAACAAGGGCGAGCUGGAGGCCCAGGGUGGUUUGGGGCAGGCCACAUUGGCCCCCCACGGCCCCGGGGUCAAGGAGGCGGUCAGCCCAGAGGCCUCGCUGGAGGAGGAGUCCGUGGAUAGCUCGGACAACCUGAGACCAAUCGUCAUUGAUGGCUCCAAUGUAGCCAUGAGCCAUGGAAACAAAGAGGUUUUCUCCUGCAUGGGGAUUCAGCUGGCAGUGGAUUGGUUCCUGGAGAAAGGCCACAAAGACAUCACAGUGUUUGUGCCUGCGUGGAGGAAAGAGCAGUCCAGACCCGACGCCCCCAUCACAGAUCAGGAGAUUCUCCGGAAGCUGGAGAAAGAGAAGAUCCUGGUGUUCACCCCCUCCCGCCGCGUUCAGGGACGCCGCGUGGUGUGCUAUGACGACCGCUUCAUCGUCAAGCUCGCCUGCGACUCCGACGGCAUCAUCGUCUCCAACGACAACUACCGCGACCUUCAGAACGAGAAGCCGGAAUGGAAGAAGUUCAUCGAGGAACGCCUCCUCAUGUUCUCCUUUGUCAAUGACAAGUUUAUGCCUCCGGAUGACCCUCUAGGAAGACAUGGUCCCAGUUUAGAGAACUUCCUACGGAAGCGUCCGGUGGUACCUGAGCACAAGAAGCAGCCUUGUCCUUACGGAAAGAAAUGCACCUACGGUCACAAGUGCAAGUACUACCACCCCGAAAGGGCCAACCAGCCGCAGCGGUCAGUGGCCGACGAGCUCCGUGCCUUCGCCAAACUCUCGGCGGUCAAGACAAUGAGCGAGGGAGCCCUGGCCAAGUGCGGGACCACGGGCAGCAUCACCUCCAAGGGCGAGGCAGGCUCGGAGGCCAAGCGUGUGGCGCCCAAACGCCAGUCGGACCCCAGCAUCCGCUCGGUGGCAUGUGAGCCGGAGGAGCGGCUGUGUCCGGCGCGGAAGGCCGAGGCCAGCUCGGUGCCGUCGCUGGUGACGGCGCUCAGCGUGCCCACCAUGCCACCGGCCAAGAGCCACGCGGCUGCUGGCGCACUCAACACGCGCUCGGCAAGCAGCCCCGUGCCGGGCUCCAUGCACUUCACCCACAGCCUGCUGGAGCACGCGGGCAGCGUCGGGUACCCGCCCAUCCUGGUGACCAACAGCCACGGCGCCUCGGUGGCCUACGGCGAGCCCUUCCCCAAGUACGACUCGGUGGUGAGUGACCACGGCUACUACUCCAUGCUCAGCGACUUCUCCACUAUGAGCCUGGGCAGCAUGCAGGGCCUGGACAGCUUCUGCAGCCUGGAACAGCCGGAGCCCGGUGGUGGUGGUGGUGGGGCCGGCACUUACCCCAGCCGCCCGCCGAGCUUGUGUCCCGAGCCCUGCCGCAGCCACUCGUCCGACUCGUUCUCCUCCUACGGGGACUCGUACCUGAGCUCCAUGGAGGGAUCCAUGGACGAUGGCGGCGGGGGCAUGAAGGGUCAGUCACAGCAGCCUCCGCCGUCAAUGGCCCAGACGCAGUCGGUGUCGCAGUCGCGGCUGCAGGCCUUUGCGCACGGCUUCCACCACGAGGCGCUGACGCGCGUGCAGAGCUACGGCUCAGACGAGCCCAAGCCGGGCCCCCGCAAGCAGACGUCGGCCCACCUGGUGCCCCAUGUGCAGCACGCAGUGGUGGGCGCCCGUUCCAGCUGCCCCGGCGACUACCCGCAGCUGCCCCAGAACGUGCUGCCGCCCUCGGCGUCGGUGCUGACGUCGACAGCGUCGUGUCCGGCGCCGCAGGGCCGCUCGCUGGGCAUGACGCGCAUGGACAGCAUCUCCGACUCGCGACUAUACGAGAGCAACCCGCAGCGCCAGCGGAGGCCACCGCUGUGCCGCGAGCAGCAUGCCAGCUGGGACCCACUGCCCUGUGGCAUCAACGAGCAGCCGUACGGCUAUGGCGGCUACGGCCUGACCGGCGGCCUCAUGCCUUGUUGCGAGCGCGUCAUGGUGCGCAGCAUGCCCGAGAAGAUGGAGCAGAUCUGGCGCUCGCCCUGGGACACCCCGCCACCUCCGUCGCACCAGGCCAGCGGCGCCGGACACCCGAUGGACCAGCAGGAGCGCCAUCCCAUCCCCGAGCACCAAUACCAAACCUACCGAAACCUCUGCAACAUCUUCCCAGCCUACGUAGUCCACACGGUCAUGGAGAAGAACCCGCACCUUACCGACCCCCAGCAGCUGGCCGCACUCAUCGUCUCCAAGCUGCGCCACUGAAGGUGGGCUGGCAACCUCACCGCAUCCGCCCACCUCUGCCCGCGACUGCCCACGCCUGCCCACGCCUGCAGGGGUCAGGGAGAGACAGGAGACACAGGAGAGAUUUGCUAGCAAAUGGAAAUAGGAAUCUGGUUUUGUACGAAAUAUCUACAGUCAGUAUAUAUAUAUAUAUAUAUAUAUA